ACACUCCUAUAAAUAAUCAGCCGAUUCCCCUCAAAUAUAUUCCCCAAUUAACCAUUGCAUCAUAUCUCACAAAUAAACACAAACACAAAAUCAAAAUGAAGUCAUUAUUUCUUCAUCUAUUAUGCACCAUUUUAGCCACCAUUCUUCUCACAUCUAAUGCUCAAACAAACAACCAAAAACAAGUAUUCCUCGACUUACAUAACGCGGCACGUGCGCAAGUUGGGGUGCCUCCCCUUACAUGGAACAACGCCCUAGAAGCAUUCGCAAUAUUCUUCACCGACAAAGUCAAGCAAACAUGUAAUUUUAUAGAGAAGUCAAAGGGCAUUUACGGCGAGAACACGGCCAUCGGAAACGCCGCUUUUACGGCGGCUGACGCCGUCAACCAGUGGGUGGCGGAGAAGAAGAAUUAUGAUCAUCGUUCGAAUACUUGCGCAAAGGGUAAAGAAUGUAAGCAUUAUAAACAGGUGGUUUGGAGGGAUACUUCACAAAUUGGGUGUGCUAGUAUUGUUUGUAAGGAUAGUUCUUUUAUUGUUUGUGAAUAUUAUCAUGUUGGUAAUAUUCCUGGUGUAUCGCCUUAUUAAAAACAGACCAGGUCAAUAUUCCUGAUGUAUCGCCUUAUUAAAAAUCAGACCAGGUCAAUAUUCUUGGUGUAUCGCCUUAUUAAAAAUCAGACUAGGUUAAAUCAGACACGAACUUUUGCGCAAGAAUACAGUUUUGGGGUUGACCUACACUUGUUUCAUGUCGGGUUACUCAUGAUCAACUCUAAUUCAUUGUAAUUUUUUUAGUUUGGGAUUUUGAUUAGUUUUAGAUUGUGUUAUAUUGUAGUUUACUGUUCACCUCCUUAUUAUGGCAUAAGUUUCCAAUUAAAUAAAUUAUUAAUUAUUCUUUU